CAAAAAUGGAGGCUUCCCUCUCAGGUGUCUUAGAUUAGACGGUCAUUUUGACUUUCGCAUCCAGUCACCUCCACCUCGUCAUAUUCUUUCCCCUUACCCCUUCCGAUUCGACUCUGUGUGUAGCUUUCCCUCAUCCAUCUCCGCCGUGCAUCAAAAUCAUCGCGCCUGCGAUGGAUUCUCGCGCCUCCGCAACAGCAUCGGAGCGCAAUAACAUGAACAGAAGCAGUUUUAGUGUAAUUCUCACAAGAAGAGCAAGAAACCAAAACCGUCCAAUUGCUGCUGCUGAACCAGAUCCCACACCCGAAAUCGUGCAUGCCACGCGCUACAAACCCACCAUUUCUGCUCUUCUACUCGCCCCCUUUUCCCCAAUCAGCCCAACGCCCACUGCCCUCACCCCUAAAAAAAAGAACUUCGCAACGUUCAGGAGAAUGGGGUGCGACGCCCCGCAGAAGGUGUCGGUUCCUGCCAUGAUUAGGAGCUCGGCCGACUGGGACUCCGAGAGAGUCAAGAAGAAGAAGAAGAAGGCUAGGAGUAAAAGGAGCAAGUCCCCCAAAUUUCCGGUGCCCGCCCUCGAUGACCGGAGUAGCUCGUCAUCAAGCUGCGUCCCUGCCCCUGAUGUUUGGUGUGGUCCUGGAAUUGGGUUUUCUACCGAUGCUGCCUCUGUUGUUUCGAGAAGAAGGCCGCCCGCUACAGGAAGAGGGAGAGCUGAUAGCCAAAGAGUUCCAUUAAGAGAGCAGCGAUCUAGAUAUUCUGUUAGGAGAAUGGUAAUCCCAGAGGACAAUCCAUUUCUUGAAGCGGACAGUGCCUUGGAAUUGUCUAGAUGUCAUGUAGAUCAUUUUGUGUGUAGGAAUCAUCGCCAUUCUCGAUAUGGCUCUCCUGAAGGACUUGCAGAGGUUGUGAUGCUACAAAAUAGUACAAUGCGAGGAAGAUCGGAUUCAAUGGAUGGAUACCGAGAUUUGAGGCUUGACAUCGAUAACAUGUCAUAUGAGGAAUUGCUGGAACUUGGAGAUAGAAUCGGGAACGUAAGCACAGGACUAAGAGAAGAUGAGAUAGCACACUGCGUAAGGAAAACUGGACUGUCUCUAUUGACCAACUUGCGGACCCAUAUGCUUACAGAAGCGGAAAAGAUGUGCAGUGUAUGUCAGGAGGAAUAUGAAGCUCAUGACGAGAUGGGGACACUCGAAUGUGGACACUUCUACCACAUAAAUUGCAUAAAGGAAUGGCUACUAAAGAAAAAUGCAUGCCCAAUUUGUAAAUCAGCAGCUAAGUCUGAUGGGCACCCACUUAUUCUCUUCUAGUUUUUUUGUUUGUACAUGCCUUGUACCCCCUUGCAAGAAAUAUUAUUUUUAUAUAGCUUCUGAUUUCCUAGAUGUUUGAUGGCACCAUUAGCCUUUUUUACUCCUUAAAUGUUAUCAAAUUUAUCUUGCUGGAUUAUGUAAUGACUUUGGAACUAGUGUUUUCAGAACUUUUUCUGCUUUCACAAAUUCACAAUUGAUUUAAUGAUCUCGUCUGUAUUAUUAUUUCCCCUACUGUUGCUCCAUACA